UGCACUUUCUCUUUCAAAAAACCAAAAAAAAAAAAAAAGAAUCCAAAUUUUUUCACGAAUUCAAGCAUUUAUUUUGUUGUCAAUCUCUUCAUAUUCACGAAAUGAGCUAGCAUUCUUCAUUCGUGUUAGGCUCGUAGCUCUCUCAGCAGAAUCCAGCACAAAAACGCCGUCGUUCUAGCCGGUGCAACAGUUUUUAUCAUUUUUUAGUUACAGUACAGCCUGUAUGCUUUAAUUCUGAAAAUCCCUCAUUGCAGCAAUAAGAAAGACAAGCAGAAAAGAAAAUGAAGGGACGAAUUACAGAAGACGAAAAGAACGAGAAAAUCAUUCGCGGCCUCCUGAAGCUUCCCGCCAAUCGCCGUUGUGUCAACUGCAAUGGCCUGGGACCGCAAUAUGUAUGUACAACUUUUUCGACAUAUGUUUGCGCAACAUGUGGUGGAAUACAUCGUGAAUUUACACAUCGAGUGAAAUCAGUAUCAAUGGCUAAAUUUACUUCAGAAGAAGUUGAUGGUCUUCAGGGAGGGGGAAAUGAGAGUGCAAAGGAAGUUUAUUUCAAGGAAUGGGGUUCACGACGUCAAUCUGUUCCUGAUAACAGUGAUAUUGAGGGACUUCGGAAAUUCAUUAAGCACGUGUACGUGGAUAGAAGAUAUACUGGUGAGAAGAGUGUUGACAGGCCUCCGACUCCGAAGAAGGUUGAUAGGGAAGAUUCUUGUACCCAUCGCAGUGGCCUUCUUAGUCUGCCUUAUUUGGAUAUCUAUGAACGACGUAGCAUUGGGAGAUCUAGAACUAGUGAAAGAAGUGAUGAAAGAGAUUCCAGAAAUAUUUAUGAAGAAAGAAGAAAUCCUGGACAUGGUAAAGAAUCUCAAAAGCAUGGUGAUUUUAGGAGAAUUUCUUCCAAUUUUGAGGUGGUGGAUGACAGAUUUCGAGACCAUACAUAUGAAACUUCGAAGUCAGAGGCCAACUGGUUUUCUAACAGGGCACACAAUCUGGAUAGAAAGCCCUCAAUCCAGCAUAAAGCACUAGAUUCAUCUAGGCCCCGAGAGGUGCGUCCUCUUCGGGAUAUAUUAGAUAGAAUCCCAACCAUGAGACUAAGUCAAGCUCUUAAAGGAGAUGGUGGUAGGCUUUCCAAUGGUUCUGUUCAUGUGGAGAGGACUGCAUCUAGUAUUAGAACAAGACAAGAUGACAGGAAUUCUAUGGAACCUAAAAGGCCAAAUUCUAUGGGACAUGAAAGGAAAAAUUUAGGAAGCCCAGUUAAAAUCAAAUCUGACCCUGAGCCAGCUUUGCAAAUGCAACAAUCACCAAAAUAUACUAGUCAGUAUAUACCAAAACCAACAAGUUCACCAAAUUCGAAUAAUUUGGUGAGAAUUGACUGUCAUACUGAAGGAAAUCAAUCAAAGGCUGCUUCAAAUGUAAAAAGCCUGGAUUCUGUAGUUCCUGCAGCUAAAGCAAUGGGGAAUGUGUCAGCAAAACCUAGUACUGGUGGUGUGCUCAAUGCAGUAAUCCAUCACUUGCCUAGAACGCCUAGCAGUAUCGGUGUUUCUCCUGCUGCACCACUAAGCAAUGUGCUGACUUCAUCCCCUACUUCCAGUUCUCCCAGUCCAAAAGCUGCCCUAGUGAGUGCAGCAUCACCAUUAACAACUAGUGACGGCGGUUCCUCUAGUGAGGCUAAUCAUGUGAAACAAGGGCAAGGCAUUCCACAGCCUCAGUGCUCUAUAUUUCCUGAUACUGCCAUUCAAUCUACUUCCUAUGUACCCUCUGGCAGUCCAAAUUUGCAAUCAUCUCAAUUUGUUUCACAGCAGAUUCCUCAGGCCUGCUCUGAAGUUGUAUUUGAGUCUCUUCCUUCAGUGCAAACAUUGAGUGGGAAAAAGGAAUUUACAGAGGGUCAUGGGACUAGUCCUGCAGUCAUAUCGCAUUCUGGUCAGUCAGAGCAGAAAUCUAGUGGAAGAAAAGAACUUCCACAGCACCUUUUUGCAGCAACUUACUCACCAGCUCCUGUACUAUCCCCUGGGUGGCAAUCAGUUCAAGCCCAGGGCAUGGGUUACUGCUUGCAGUAUUCUUCUUCAGUGCAAGUGCCAACUGUGUAUCAACCAGCAAAAUCAGCAAACACAUUUGAUCUUAAUAACGGGACACAUCUUCUUCAAUCCCCAAUGUUGUCUUCCAUGGCUUCUUGGCAUGGAGCUCAACCCAAUGUAUUGGCACCCAAAAGUGUAAUGCAGUCAACCAGCCAUGUUUCCCCUUCUGCACAAUGGAUGCCAGCACAGUCAUCACCUGAUGGGGGAGUGCCUUUCCAGCCAUUCUCAAGCACUGCAGGAAUGCCUUUGAGUUCAUACAUGCGGCAACAAGUACCCAACAAGCUGUCACCUCCAGGAUGUCAAGGAGUUGAAGUAUUGGGAAACAAUCUGGCUGUUUUCAACACUUUAAACACCAAUCAGCAACCUGGUGGCAUAUUCUCUAUCCCUGCAAUCCACGGGUCUUCUUCUGUCGGAGGAAACCCAUUUGCAUAAUUUUUCAGAAAUAAGGCUGGUACUUAACAACAUUUUCUCCUUGCUGAAAAUGAUAUUCAAAUUUUUUACCAACGAAUGUGAUGUGUGUGUGUGUGUGUGUGUGUGUAUACAUAGCCCAAAAGGUUUAAUUUUGGUCAUGCAAACUUAGUGCAAAGUUGAAAGAAUAAGAAAGGAAGGGUAUGAUUUGAUGGCGUGA